AUGUCCAAGUUCAGUGAUAUCAUUACACAACUACUCUUCGACGCUCCACCCCGCGAAAUCAAUAGUGUAUACGACUCACUUGUGAUCAUAACUGAGGAUACGGACAAUGACACUCUGUUAGAUGCCCUCAAAAGAUGCCUAGUUGCAAAACGGCUCCCAAUCGAUGUAGAAGGCAGUCCAACGAUUGUCACCGAAUACAACAAAGACGGAGCGAAGUACUUUGACCCCUUCAAGAAAGUGCUCUUUUCCGUGGAUUGCCUAGACCGCGUAGGUUUAGAUAUUGAGCCCCACGAAUCUGAGACUACCCCCUACCAGGAGAAGCUCUACGAGGAAUUACAGAAAUAUGUUGCAAAGAACUUUCCUGGCGACAGUGCUUGCACUGUACUCCCCACCGGGGACGACGAUGAGCUUGCUAUUAUCAUCGUGAGUUCAAAGUUCAGCCCAAGUAACUACUGGAGCGGCUACUGGAAAUCUGAGUAUAUAUAUUCCCCGGAGGAGCGAUCGUUGACCGGUCGGAUCGAUGUUGUUGUACACUAUUUUGAAGACGGCAAUGUGAAGUUCAGCACCCAGGAGUUCAUCGACAAGGAAGACAUAAACGAUCCGAUAAGUUGCAUCCGCGCGUUGGAAUCCGAGAUCGAGACAGGCCUCGAUGAAUCAUUUAGCAAGCUUAACCAGACGCAGUUUGCCAAGCUCAGACGAAAACUUCCUGUUACAAGGUCGAAGGUCAACUGGGGUAAGGCUAUUAGCAACUAUCGUCUAGGGAAAGAUGCAGCGCAGGGGAAGUAG